AUGAGAGGAACCCUAAUCUUCGCGGGCAGCUCGUGCCCGGAUCUCACAGACAAGAUAUGCGAGAAUCUGGGCAUGGCACGGGCUGAUGCCGAGCUGACUCAAUUCUCCAAUGGCGAGACGAGCGUCCGCAUCCUCACCAGCGUCCGCGAAAAGGACGUCUUCGUCGUGCAAUCCGGCAGUCCCAAGAUCAACGAUACAAUCAUGGAGCUUCUCAUUAUGAUUUCGGCCUGCAAAGGCGGUUCUGCAAACAAGAUUACCGCUGUGUUGCCAUAUUUCCCUUACAGUCGCCAGUCCAAGAAGAAGUCUCAUAGGGGAGCCAUAACGGCGAGGAUGCUGGCCAAUCUUCUUGCAGUCGCGGGCGUCAAACAUGUCAUCACGGUCGAUCUCCACGCUUCCCAGAUGCAGGGCUUCUUCAAAUGCCCCGUUGACAACCUCCACGCAGAACCCCUGAUUGCCCGCUGGAUCCGACGCAACGUGCCCAGGUGGCAGGAGGCCGUGGUGGUGUCCAAGAAUGCGGGCGGCACCAAGAGGGUUACCUCGCUUGCCGAUGCACUCAAGCUCAAUUUUGGCAUGGUCACGACGGACAAGAGGAGAGGGGGCACCAGCAUGGCGGGCAGCAUGAUUGCGUAUCCCCUCGACGGAAUUGAACGACAGCCGGUGAUCGACCCACUCAGUAACCAGGUGCGUAACAAUUCGUCGGAGCCUGAGACUGGAACCCCUACUACAGACUCGCGUUCGGGCGCGGAUGCUCAAGGGUCGCCACAGCGUGUCAAUGGCACGCACUCGCGCACUGCGAACCAGCCCAAAUUCCCUCCCCAACGGUCACAGACCACCUUGUCUCAGUCAUCUGUUAUAGAUGAACAAGACGAAGAGGCAGACACGGACGGGCUAGAGUACAAUGACCAGCGAGCGCACGAAGUCACACAUGGACGGUUGGUACAGGGGCACAUCGUCCCCGAUGAUUUUCCUUCCCCGAGCAUAUCAGCCGCGGAUACCAGUAUCCCAGAUGAGGAUCCAAUGGCCAUGUCGCAUGCCUCGUCCUUCUUUGCCCCUCAGCCCCAUGCUCUAGGUGGGUCAGGGGACGCCGGCGCCAGCUCGGAUGAGGAGGACGACAUUCUUAAAGACCCCAAGGUCGAACGUAUGAUCACGCUAGUCGGCGACGUCAAGGGACGGACAGUCUUUAUUGUCGACGACAUGAUUGACAAGCCGGGAUCGUGGAUAGCAGCGGCCGAGACGGUCGUCAAGCGCGGCCGUGCUGACAAAGUCUACUGCAUUGCCACGCACGGCGUCUUUGGCGGAGACUGUCUGGAGCAGAUGCAAGCGUGCGACUGCAUUGAUACCAUCGUUGUGACCAACAGCUAUCCCAUCCCGGAGGAUAAGGUACGCAACGCUAGCAAGCUGGUGAUUCUCAACCUGUCGUUCCUCUUGGCCGAGGCGAUACGGCGGAACCACUAUGGCGAGUCCAUGUCGCCGCUGUUCCAGCACGUCAUGGAUUAA